AAAAAAAAAAACGGUCUCUCCGAUUUUCCACACCAAAGCAAACAAGACCCGGAAAACUACGUAUAUGUAGGAUCUGCAAAGAGAGGAUUGAUCUCCAUUCAUCUCUGAACAAUCGACAAGUCAUGAAGCUUUUGUCUGAUUAUAAUUUAUUUUACGUUUUCUAGAGAGAGAGAGAGAGAGAGAGAGAGAGAGAGAGAGAGAGAUGGCAAAGAGAAGUACUAGUGCAGCGUUAGUGGUGGUGGUGGUGAUGUUAUGGCUGGCUCUUUGUUUUGCUGAGGACAAGGCAGAGGAUGGCACGUUGAAAGAUAUCAAGGAAAAAUCUAAGUCCUGGGGAAAUUGGGCUUCUGACAACUUCUCCGAAGGAUUGGACCGAUUUAGCCGGGAAAGUCAUGAAGCGAAGAAACCUCGAGAUGUGAUAGAAACAGUGGGGGAAGCAGCCUCUACAGCAACUGAGAUGAUGAACUCCGCUGGAUUCGUAGGAACAUCAAAGUAUGCUUUCAGCAAGGCUGGCAAGGCAUUGUCCGAAGCGAAGGAGUUUGGAUCCUUCGGAUUGGAUAAGGCAAAAGAUGCCUAGGAUGAAGCUAAGAGGAGAAUAAACUUGGCUAAGAAGGAGGCUUCAGACAACGACGACGAUGAGGAUGGCGACAAUGAUCCUAGAGGGAGGGAUGGUACAGGAAGGAAUGAAUGUCGGAAGAGAUCAUGUUAAUGAAACUCAUGUGAGAAAUGAAUCCAAGGGUUAUAAGGUGAAAGGAGAGACGGGAGAUGGGAAAGAUAAAGCGGAAGAUAACUACAAUGAAGCUAAAGAGAUAGGGCGCUUUAUCUUAUUCUUUUCCGUCUGUUUGUUUUGAUCAGUCAUUCAAGCUCUAGCUAGCUGAUAGCAGCAUCAUUGGAAUGAAAUCAAGAUGGAAACGCAGGCAACCGGGAGAAUCGGAGUAACAUGAGAAUGAAUUCUACGAAGGUUGUAAGUAAUAGAGAUCUUUCUCCCGCGUCUAUAACCAGUCAUACUAGGUGGGCUCUCUCCCAUCUUAGUGAAGUUACGAGGUUAGCAAGAAGCAGUGCCCUUCCAUCCCUGUGUGUGGGAUUAGAAAUUCGUUAGUAUCGCGAAGAUAAAGAUACAAAGGUAGAUUGGUUCGUUUUCAUGCUUAGGUGUCUGUCGUUCUCGGUGUGCUCGAUUCGGAUUGAGAGGAAGGUAAGUCCUGAUCUAAUAUAUGAAAUUUGAAGUAAUAUGAAUUUCACUUCCACCCACUGUCACUCUCUCGCUCCCUUUAUGUAGCUCGUUCCCUAAAGGACCAGCGACUAUCGGUACAGUCCAAAACAUCCCUCCCUCUAUCGGUGGAGCUACUGCGUUCCUCCUAACCUCUCGUUCCUUUUAUGUAACUCGUUCCUAUCAGUUGAGCACUACAUACCAUAACAACAACUCAUACGAGUGACUUCUUCCCCCCUCCUCAUCUCUAAGUCCUAGCUCCUAGCCCCUAGCUGCUUCUAAGCCUCUAGCUCCGUAAGACCUUGUUCGUUUCUACUUGACUCUGAAAAAAAGAAGGCUUGGCUUACUCUUUCAACGAAGGAUUUACUGAGCGAACUACUAAAUCAACAAGAUCAAUCGUCUUUGCUUCCGGCAUCCUUCCCCCGCCGCGGGAGAGGAAGAAAGUAUAGGUAGGGAUAACAAAGGAAGUAGACCCCGCUAAGGAUAAGGAGGGUAGUCCUCAUGUUGAAAACAUUUGGAUCUUGUAGUGAGUAACCAAUUUUCUUAUAUCCCUUGUUUGUUUCUUUUCUUUAAUACGAAAAUUUAUUAUAGCGAGAA